UCCCUGGGACUGAUAAAGUCUGAAGGGCUGGGAAACCCCAUCCUCCAGUGCUUGGGGGGGUGAGGCAGCAGCCAUCAGUGCCGUGUGUGCACAUGGCAGAGGUUCUGCUUGGGAACUGUUGGCUGCGGCGAAACGGGGCUGCGUGAGUGAAAUGUGUAAUGAAGUUUCUUACCAAAAAUGAAGGAAUUCUGAUGUAUAUUUUAAGCGAGAGUCCUAAAAAUAACCUCUAGCAGCAUUUAAAGGGACCGACUACCAAACAGCAUCAGCUUCACCAAACUGCAUCCCUUUGGCUUUAGCAUCCCUUUGGAGCUGCAUCCCUUCUAGCCCAUUGCUCACCGUUUUUGAGAUGACUGUGCCGAAUCCUGCCCUUUAGUUGCCUGGGGCUGCAUGUUUCUCCCUUUUGGGGGGCAGCACACCUCUUCCUGGCACAGAUGGAGUUAAUUAAGGGCUGCUGCAUGCUGGAGCAAGCAGUGGUGCAUGCCGGGCUGUGGGGCUGCCGAGCCCGGUGCCGUAGUGCCCUGCUAUCAGCAUGGAGCGAGACACAGGGCUGCCUGCUCCAUAAGGACAUCUGCUGAAUAAGAACAUUCUCUUUUCCUCUGUAUUUUUUUUUUUCCUCCAACCUAAAGCCAACAGCCAUGCAGCUCUCAGCCUCCGCCAGCGCGGCCCCGUGGUGGGCAUGAAGGGCAGGGGCUGCUGGGAGGCAGGAUCCGUCCGCUCCUUCUGCAACUCCACCUGCCUCAAUAAGUUCCCCAAGGAUGACUCGGGUGAUGAGGAGCCCGCCUCACAGUCAGACAAGAGUGAGCUGCACGGCACGCUGAAAACCCUCUCGAGUAAGCUGGAGGACCUGAGCACUUGCAAUGACCUGAUUGCCAAGCACGGGGCCGCCCUGCAGCGCUCGCUGAGCGAGCUGGAGAACCUGAAACUGCCAGCUGAAAGUGGAGAGAAGAUCAAGGCUGUGAAUGAGCGAGCCACGCUCUUCCGCAUCACCUCCAAUGCUAUGAUCAACGCUUGCCGUGAUUUCCUGGACUUAGCAGAAACUCACAGCCGAAAAUGGCAUCGGGCACUGCAGUAUGAGCGGGAGCAGCGGAUCCGGCUGGAGGAGACCAUCGAGCAGCUAGCCAAGCAGCACAACAGCUUGGAGAGAGCCUGCCGUGGGGCACCGGGCAGCACAGGCAGCACCGGCACUGCCAAGGGGAGUGUGCAGUCUGCCAAAGGAGAAGCCAGUGAUGAAGAUGAAGAGACGGAGUAUUUUGAUGCCAUGGAGGAUGCACCAGCUUUUAUCACUGUAACCGCAGACCCCAAGCACCACAGGCGUUCGGGCAGUAACCUGAGCGGGGCCAGCGAGGGCCACCCUGAGGACUGGAACCUGGAGGACAGCGUGAGUUGGGCAGAGUGGGUAUUUGAAAGCUCAAAUCAAAGCAGCUACAAUGAGUCCUGCAAAGAUCUCCUGCCGAGGAAAAGGAGACGGAGCCGCAUCCCUGACAAACCCAACUACAGCCUUAACCUCUGGAGCAUCAUGAAGAACUGCAUUGGCAAAGAGCUCUCCAAGAUCCCCAUGCCUGUGAACUUCAAUGAGCCACUCUCCAUGCUGCAGCGGCUGACAGAGGACCUGGAGUACCACGAGCUGCUGGACAAAGCAGUCAAGUGUGAGAGCUCCACAGAGCAGAUGUGUUUCGUGGCAGCCUUCUCAGUGUCUUCCUACUCGACGACGGUGCACCGCACAGCGAAGCCGUUCAAUCCAUUGCUGGGGGAAACCUAUGAGCUCGACAGGCUGGAGGAGCUGGGCUUCCGUUCCCUGUGUGAGCAGGUGAGCCACCACCCCCCAGCAGCUGCCCACCACGUCUUCUCCAAGCGAGGCUGGACGCUGUGGCAGGAGAUCACCAUCGCCAGCAAGUUCAGGGGCAAAUACCUCUCCAUCAUGCCUCUGGGUGCCAUCCACCUCGAGUUUCACUCCAGUGGGAAUCACUACGUCUGGAGGAAAGUCACUUCCACUGUUCACAAUAUCAUCGUGGGCAAGCUUUGGAUUGACCAGUCUGGUGAAAUAGAGAUUGUUAACCAUAAGUCAAAAGAUAAAUGCCAGCUGAAAUUUACCCCCUACAGCUACUUCUCCAGGGAUGUCCCCCGAAAGGUGACAGGGGUGGUGAGUGAUGCUGAUGGCAAAGCCCAUUAUGUCAUGUCGGGCACAUGGGACGAGAAGAUGGAGUGCUCCAAAAUCGUGCAGAGCAGCCAUGGCAGCGCCGGCUCCGAGGGCAAACAGAAAACUGUCUACCAGACGCUGUCCCCAAAGGUCUUGUGGAAGAAGUACCCCCUCCCGGAGAACGCCGAGAACAUGUACUUCUUCUCCAGCCUGGCCCUCACCCUGAAUGAGCCCGAGGAGCGCGUGGCUCCCACAGACAGCCGGCUGCGUCCCGACCAGAGGCUGAUGGAGAGCGGCCGCUGGGACGAGGCCAAUGUGGAGAAGCAGAGGCUGGAGGAGAAGCAGAGGGCUGUGCGCCGCAGGAGGGAGGCUGAGGCUGUGGAGGCCCUGGAGGAAGGCAAGGACUACGAGGGUUACAUCCCGCUGUGGUUUGAGCGGAAGGUGGAUCCCAUCACAGGGGAGCUGAUCUGCACCUACAAAGGCGGCUACUGGGAGGCCAAGGACAAGCAGGACUGGAGCUCGUGCCCUGAUAUCUUCUGAGCUGCCGUGUUUGCUCUGGUGUGGCCAGCCUGCAGCAGGACAGACAGAUGGAGGGACAGCGAGGACACACGGCAGCGUCCUGCCAGUGCUUGACAGUGCAAAUAAACACACACACACAGGGAGAAAUCUGACAAAGAGAAUCUAAACAGGGAUUCCAAACCUAUUUUUUUAUGCACUAAUAAAUAGCAUCUUUUUUUUUUUCUUUUCUUUUUUUUUUUUCUUUAAAUGGUGGCUUUUUCAGCUACUAAUUAGGAAAGAGGACACGUGGCUCUGGUUCGUUUUUAGCCUCGGGUAUUUAUUGCUGUCAGGAGCUGCUGCCUGUAUCUUUCAGCACCUCGGCUGCAUCGGCUGAGACAACAACUUCCAAAGAUGCUCGCGUCGUGGGAUGCCGUGCAUUUGUGUGAGCUCUUUCCUUUGGCAUCUUUUUCCCCCCAUUUGUUAAAAAGAAAUUCUGCUCCUGCUUCAGAUUCUUUCAAAACCAAACGAAAAACCAGCUGUGAAUCUCUGCCCAGAAAAUAGCAGGGGUUGUGGCCAUUGCUGGAAGGCUGCGGGUGGUUCCUACAGCUGUCCCCAUCACACCCAUCAGGAUGUUUCAGCCUGAUGACCUGCUUUGUUUCCAUGACUGUGGUGCUUCUGGUACAAAGAGGGAAGACCCAAGAGGUGACAGAGGGAACCAGAAACCUGCACACCUGCAUUUCAUUGUUCUCUGGGUCUUCAUCACACUGUACUGAGUGCUCCCUCCCGUGUAGCCGGACUGCCACAUCCCCAUCAAGAGAUAAUUAGCAAUAAUGAACUUUGAGGCAAUGGGAACUGAGAAACCCACAGAACACUUAUGCAAUCAGGUUCCUCCACCAUCAGUCUCCUCCUGGUUGGCUUCUCUUCCAGCACCUGCUGCCUGCAGCAAACCUGUGUGUACAGUAUACAUAGACCUUGUAUGGCAUAACAGUAGUGAGUGGCUAUUGGAGUGGCAACACCCACUGAUCUCAACGUGCCCCUAAAUCUUAUUUAUUUGCUUCUAAUUUAUAUAUAUAUAUAUAUAAAUAUAUAUAAAUAUACAUAAAAUUAUUUUGCUUAAAUUUCUAUGGUACACAAUAGAUGAAAAAUGAUGAAGACAGAACUCAUCUGUCUGAGUUUUUGUAGCACGAGGAUGAGUGCUUCCCUGGGCCCAUCCCCAGGCAGGGUGUGCAGGGGUGAUGCUGAUUCAUUCCCAAAGUGGAGAAGCGACGUUUUGCUCCAAAGCUCUGAAAGCUGCUGUGUGAGCUGGUUGAAUGCAGCUGGCUCCAGCUGUGCCGCAUCCAGCCCCAGGACACGCAGAUCUGCAUUGGAGAUGCUCCCACCUGAAUAAUGCCUUAUUUUCUUCCUUUUUCUUUUAAAUAUUUUUCAUCCAUGCAAGAGAGCUGGGAAAGGUGAGCAGCCUCUGCACCCCAGAACAUCCCAGAGCUGGAGCCCCGUGUCCCCAGGAUGCAGGGUGACGUUGCUCAGGGACUGUUGGCACCACGUCCUACAGUGGGACGCUGCAAGCUCCUGUCCUCUGUUCUCUCCCAGGAUCACCGUCACAGAUGCUGCACAGCUUAGCAGAGCCUGGGGAGUGUGAGGAGCACCCAGCAACACAAAUCCCCCCCCACCCCCCGUUUUUUAGGCUAAUUUUAAAACUUGUGGUAUCUUCCAGAGAUCACCGAACGGCAGCACUUCAUCUGAGCACCAUCUCCUGGUCUUUCUAUUUCCCCCAUACUCCCCACCAAAGGAUUUUAAUGUCAUUCUACUGUAAAUGCUGUUGAAUGUAUUUCUUUUCGAGCAAUAUAUUGUGAGUGACCCCCCUCUUCUCCUACACGGUAAUAAAACUUGGAUUCAGGAGUUUUAAAAGAUGCAGUGCUGAGGUUCUCUCUCGCCCCCCAGAUCUGCAGCUUGGGGGUCCUGGGGGGAGCCCUGGGGUGGCGGGGCUUUGGGCAUGAAGUGACCCUGCUAUCCAAGGAGUGUUAGUUGUCCAUUGGGAGGC